AUGAAUGAGAAUGAGAAUGAAGAAGCGAUUCAACUUGCCAAUGUGAAUGAAUUAAAUGAUACCGAGGUUGAAGACCCGAAGCAGCUUGAGAAUGAGGAAGUUGAUGUCAAUAUGAUUGAAGAUGUUCAACAUGAAGAUUUAAAUCAAGAGAGCUGCUUUCCUUUGAAUAUUGAUGAUCCAGGAAAUUGGGAUAAAAUUGAUCAAAAUAUUAGGGACUUCUUAGUUGAAAGGGGUCCAAAUAGAGAUGAUGGUGUCGAGUUGUUUCCCAAAGAUAGUUCUGGUAGACAUUUUGAUUCAUCACAUUAUAAGCGGUUGUUGCCAAAUGGGGAGAAAAGUGAUAGAAGAUGGCUAGUAUAUUCUAUUUCUUUAGACAAGAUUUUUUGCUUUUGUUGCAAAUUGUUCAAGACACAAAGAAAUAUGACUUUAAUUGGCCAAUUGGCUAAUGAAGGAUACAAAGAUUGGCAUAAUUUGUCUCGGAGUCUUAGAAAUCAUGAAGCUAGUAAGGAGCAUAUUAGUUGUAUGACAAGUUGGAUUGAAUUGGAAAGAAGGCUGCAAAAAAAUAAGACAAUUGAUGAAAGCUUGCAAGUAGAAAUCAACAAAGAAAGAGAACAUUGGAGACAAGUGUUAAAGAGGAUAAUCGCUGUGGUGCAAAGACUAGCCAAAAAUAACUUGGCAUUUCGAGGAGAUUGUGAGAAGCUUUAUGUUGAAAACAAUGGCCACUUUUUGCAAAUGAUUGAAAUGAUUGUUGAGUUUGAUCCAAUAAUGGAAGAGCACAUUCGGCGUAGUCAAGCACGUCAGAUCGAUUAUACAUAUCUUGGUCCCAAAAUUCAAAAUGAAUUGAUACAGAUGUUGGCAAAUGAUCUGAGAAGUUCAAUUGUUACAAAAGUUAAACAAGCAAAAUAUUUUUCAGUCAUACUGGAUUGUACUCCAGAUGCGAGUCACGAGGAACAAAUGUCUCUUGUGAUAAGAUGCGUGGAUGAUUCAGCAAACUCUGCAGUGGUAGAAGAAUAUUGGAUACAAUUUUUGAAGGUAGAUGACACAUCAGGGCAUGGACUUUUUACCGAGCUUAAAAAUGUGUUAAGCAAUCUUGAACUUGAUAUUGAUGAUAUAAGAGGUCAAGGGUAUGACAACGGAUCUAAUAUGAGAGGGAGACACAAAGGUGUACAGAGCAGGUUACUUGAAAUAAAUCCUAGAGCUUUUUAUACUCCAUGUGGUUGUCAUAGUCUUAAUCUAGCAUUAUGUGAUAUGGCGAAUUGUUGUCCUAAAGCUAUGUCAUUUUUUGGAGUGAUACAACGCAUCUACACAUUGUUCUCUUCUUCUACCAAGCGUUGGAAGAUUUUCAAAGAUCAUGUGGAAGGUUUGAUAGUUAAGCCAUUGUCACAAACACGUUGGGAAAGUCAUGUCGAAAGUGUCAAACCUAUAAAAGAGCAGACUUCGCAAAUAAGAGAUGCUUUAGUUGACUUGGCAAAUACUAGUGAAGAUCCGAAAACAAAGAGUGAAGCUGAGUCUUUAGUAACACAUGAACUUGAGAACUUUGAGUUUUUGCUUGGCAUGGUAAUUUGGUAUCAGUUGUUAUAUGCGAUCAACACUGUGAGUAAAUGUCUUCAAGCUGAAAAUAUGGAUAUUGAUGCUGCUCUUAAAGAAUUAAAUGGACUUAUUUUGUUUCUUGAAGAGUAUAGAGAAUCCGGGCUUGAUAUGGCCAUGGAUGAAGCUAAACAAAUGGCAAGUGAAUUGGGAAUUGAAGCUGUAUUCCGCGAAAAACGCAUCAUUCGAAGAAAGAAGCAGUUUGAUGACAGUGGCAGUGAUGAGUGCUCUUUACCAAGAGAAACAAAAAGAGCAAUUGAUGUGCUGAAUUAUUUGAAGAAGAUGGAUGGUUGUUUUCCGAAUGCUUAUGUUGCUUAUAGAAUCUUGCUAACUAUACUAGUUACAGUUGCAUCUGUAGAGAGAAGCUUCUCCAAGUUGAAGUUAAUCAAGACUUAUCUUCAAUCAACUAUGUCACAAGAAAGAUUGAAUGGAUUGGCUAUGUUAUCAAUUGAGAAAAAAGUGGUUGAAAAACUUGAUUAUGCAAACUUAAUUACUACGUUUGCCUCCAAAACUGCGAGGCGAGUGGUAUUUAAGUAA